CUCCUAUUUAGAGUUAGCAAGCUCCUCCCUCUCUGAGAUCCUGAGUAUCAGGAGCUUCUUACUGGUGGAAGGUUGUUAAAUUCCCAGCACAGACUGGCUAACUCUGAUCACUCAGGGCAUCUCUCAGAACAAGAACUCACUGGAAGCAGGGUCUCUUUUGGGUCAGCGGUUCAGCCCAGCUAGCUUGAUUUGAGUGUGUUGAGUGACACCGCCAGCAUGACCAAAAGCACUGGGGAGAAGCCAAGGUCACGCAAUCGCGUACAGCAGAUCCGUGAGAGAAUUCACCUGCGUUCCCUAAAGGCAAGGAAGAAAGUGGAGGACAUCACUAAAGAUGACGUGAAGUCCUUUCUGAGAAGAAAUGCUUUUGUGCUCCUCACCAUUGGAGCCGUGGUCUUCGGUAUCAUAAUGGGUUUUGGUCUGAGGUCAUUCAAGAUGUCAUACAGAGAAGUGAAGUAUUUCUCCUUUCCUGGUGAACUAUUGAUGCGUAUGCUGCAGAUGUUAGUGCUUCCCCUUCUAGUCUCAAGUUUAAUUACAGGCAUGGCAGCAUUGGACAGUCACGCCUCUGGAAAGAUGGGCAUGCGUGCAGUUAUAUACUAUAUGACCACCACGUUCAUCGCAGUGUUCAUCGGCAUCAUUAUGGUUCUGAUUAUCCACCCGGGCAAAGGCACAAAGGAUGAAUUUGCCAAACAGCAGAAGAUCGAGCAGGUCAGCCCAGCUGAUGCCUUCCUUGACCUCAUCAGAAACAUGUUUCCUCCUAAUCUGGUUCAGGCCUGCACUCAACAGUUUAAGACCCAGUAUACCAAGAGGAUCAUUCACGUGAAGAUGAUCGUGAAUGAUUCAAUAUUCAACCUAACUAACUCCACCAAGGAGAUUGCCCAAGAGGAAGUGAUUCCUCUCCCAGGCACCACCAACGGAGUUAAUGCCCUCGGGCUGGUGGUGUUUUCAAUGUCCUUCGGCUUGAUCAUUGGGAAUAUGAAGGAACAGGGACAGGCUCUCAGAGACUUCUUCGACUCCCUCAACGAGGCCAUCAUGCGACUUGUUUCUUUUAUUAUGUGGUAUGCACCAAUUGGUAUCCUCUUUCUGAUUGCUGGAAAAAUCGUGGAGAUGGAUGACAUCACUGAAAUGGGCGGUCAGCUCGGCAUGUACACGAUUACAGUGAUUAUUGGCCUCAUGAUACACGGCAUGAUCAUUCUACCGACUUUGUACUUCGUCAUCACACGGAAGAACCCCUUCAUCUUCAUCACAGGUUUGCUGCAGGCCCUAAUCACGGCUCUCGGCACCUCUUCCAGCUCAGCCACUCUUCCGGUUACCUUCAAAUGCCUCGAGGAGAAUAACAAAGUCGACAAACGAGUGACUCGAUUCGUGCUGCCUGUUGGAGCAACAAUCAACAUGGAUGGAACAGCGCUGUAUGAAGCCCUGGCAGCCAUCUUUAUUGCUCAGGUUAACAACAUGGAAAUGAACUUUGGGCAGAUCAUAACCAUUAGCAUCACAGCCACUGCUGCAAGCAUUGGGGCGGCCGGAAUCCCUCAGGCUGGUCUGGUCACUAUGGUGAUUGUGCUGACCUCUGUCGGACUCCCAACCGAUGACAUCACCCUCAUCAUUGCAGUUGAUUGGUUCCUUGAUCGACUUCGCACAACAACUAACGUCCUGGGAGACUCUAUAGGAGCUGGAAUCAUAGAGUUCCUGUCCAAAGAUGAGCUUCAGAACAGCGAUGUGGAGUUGGGGAGCUCAGUCCUGGAGGAGAAUGAAGUGAAGAAACCUUAUCAGAGGAUCCCUCAGGAGAACGAGUAUGAGAAUGAGAAACCACCAGACAGCGAGACCAAGAUGUAGAAGCUGCAUAUUCAACCCACAACCAAGGAUUUUUUGCAUGCUUGCAUUUGUAUAUGUACAGUGGCCCAAAAAUAUUUGACCACUUAAAAGCACACUUAUCAGAAUUGUAAGAAUUUAAUUGCUUUUAUUGAGCAAAUAUCUAACUGAAUGGCAUUUAUUUGAAAGAAAUCUAGUACAAGCAUGCUAUUUAAGCAAAACAAAAAGUAUUUGGACACUUUCUGGUUGUCAUAUUUUGAAUAAUGUUUGUAAUUAGGGUUAUGGAUUACAUGCAUUCACAAAAAUAAUUAAAAAAGUGAAGUUAGUUUUGAGAAAACCUUCCAGGUGCCAUUCUAUUUGAUAUUUUGUAAUCCAUGCAGUGAAAUUCAUGCAUUUUUGAAGUGUUGCUUAAGUGUCCAAAUUUUUGUGGGGCCAUUGUACAAUAUAUGUACUGUAUAUUUAGUUUUGUUUUUGAAAUUUUCAUUUUCAAACUUCUUUAGAUUUUUUACUGUCAUUUUGUUCUUGUGCUUUGUGUCCUGUCUCCAGGUCAUACCAAUUGUUGAUUUGAUUUGGCAGGAGAAUGUUACCUUGACAAAAAUUUUUUUUUUUUGCAACGCUUUUUCAUUGUUUUAAUAAUUCGCUGAAAUGGGAAUCUAUGUGGAAGGCAUUUGUAUGUUGGUGACCAGCAUUUGUCACACAGGCUAUAAUGGGAGCAGCAAGAUUUAAAACCCAAGAGUGUUAAAACGAACAUGGCCAUGAAUGCACACAGGACGGAUUUUAAGCAGAAAUUAAUAUCAGUAAGUUAUUCAUCACUCAAGUUGAGUAUAACAAGGGCAGGAUUGCAAGAUUAAAAACUUUUGGGCUCCGCAUAUGAAGUGAUCAUCUAAAAGUGGAGGAUAAAAUGUCAGACUGUAAAUAUCAAGAGAAAAUUAUGUUUAGCAUUGAAAGCUGCUUUACACAUCUUUAUGCAUAAGAAGACACUGUUUCAGUAGCUAUUACAGCAGAUAUUUGAGUUUUCUCAGAGGCUCCACACAACUAAUGCUAAAUGAACACACAUAUACUUAUGAGUUUAUGCGAUUUUUUUUAUUGUUUUGUAUUCUGCUACAGUUCAUCCACUGACCCUUUUAUUGCCAUUUGCUAACAUUAAUGAUAAAUAGUAUAAUAUAUAGCUGCUACAGAUUAUUAAGUGUAGGAAAAUGGACUGAAUGUCCCCAGUUCAAUUAUUGCAAUGAAAUGCAGAACUGAGUAAUUAUAAAACUGUAAAUCUUUUGAAAACAUGCUAUAGACACAAGUUGGAGUCACAUGUACUCAGCUGGAAACUGUGAAAUUAAAUUUGUUUGCCUUUUUUAAAAUGCUUAUAUUUUUUCCAUGUUGCUGUAUAUUUCCUGUCAAGUCCAUAAAAAGCUAAAUUAUAGAAUUAUAGAAUAAAGAGCAUACGGAUGUUGUGUGUUUAACACAGUUUUGAAUAAAAUGGAGAGUGACGAUG